ACGAAAAUGCAAAGGGUCCUAUAUGCCUAGUGUGCGCGUAGCUUCAGCCUCAAUCGCCACAUUACUCAAAGCCUGCAAAACCCAGUUCCGUCUUGAACAAAUCCACGCCCAGAUCAUCCACAAGGGUCUAGAGCAAGACCACUUCCUCAUCACCCAAUUCAUCUGCCUCUCCAACGCUCUCUCCUCCCUCCCUUACUCCACCGCCGUCUUCCGCCGCGUCAACAACCCCAGCAGCCAUCUCUGGAACUCACUACUCAAAGGCCACUGCGAAAGAUCCAGUUUUUCCGCCACCGUCUCUCUCUUCAUUCGCAUGAAGAGGGAGGAUGGCGCGGCGGAUGAGUACACGUACCCGUCGGUUGUGAAGGCCUGUGCCGGCGAGGGAAGGGUCCGGGAGGGAAGGGCGGUUCAUGGGUCGGCGGUGAGGUGUGGGGUUGAUGGGAAUGUGUUUGUGGGGACUAGCUUGGUUGACUUGUAUGGCAAAUGUAGGGAGGUUGUGUGUGCACGGAAGGUGUUUGAUGGAAUGUGUGAGAGAAAUGUGGUGUCUUGGACUGCUAUGGUUGUUGGGUAUGCCGGUGUUGGGGAUAUGGUGGGGGCGAGUAAGGUGUUCGGUGAAAUGCCGGAGAGGAAUGCUGUGUCGUGGAAUGUGGUUAUUAGUGGGUUUGUUAGGUUGGGUGAUUUGGGGAAUGCGAGGAGGGUGUUUGAGGAGAUGCCGGGGAAAGAUGUGGUUUCUUUUACUACUAUGAUUGAUGGAUAUGCAAAGUCCGGGGAUAUGGCUUCGGCCAGGUUUUUGUUUGAGCAGGCUCCCGUUAAGGAUAUUGUUAUGUGGUCGGCGUUGAUAUCGGGGUAUGCUCAAAAUGGUUUUCCCAAUCAGGCUGUGAAAAUAUUUCUUGAGAUGAGUAGUAGGAAUGUGGAACCUGAUGAGUUUAUAAUGGUGAGCUUGAUGUCAGCUUGCUCCCAAGUGGGUUGCUUGGAAUUGGCUGAAUGGGUUGAUUCGUAUCUGAGCAAUAGCUCAAUCGAUAUUCGACAGCCUCAUGUUCUUGCGGCUCUGAUUGACAUGAAUGCAAAGUGUGGGAAUAUGGAAAGAGCAACGAGUUUGUUUGAAAACAUGCCAAAACGGGACCUAAUUUCGUAUUGUUCAAUGAUACAAGGGUUGUCUAUUCACGGCCGAGGGAAUCAAGCUGUUGCCCUUUUCAAUAGGAUGUUAAGUGAAGGUUUGGCUCCAGAUGAGGUAGCUUUUACAGUGAUCCUGACAGCUUGUAGCCGUUCCGAGCUUGUUGAGGAGGGUCGGCAUUUCUUUGAAUUAAUGAGACAUAAAUACAGUAUGGUUCCCACUCCUGAUCACUAUGCAUGCAUGGUUGAUCUUCUUAGCCGGUCAGGAUGGUUAGAAGAAGCUUAUGAGCUUCUACAAUCAAUGCCUGUGGAACCUCAUGCUGGUGCUUGGGGUGCACUACUUGGUGCAUGUAAGCUACAUUGCAAUGUUGAGUUUGGGGAGUUGGUUGCUAAUCGACUCUUUGUGCUUGAACCAAAAAGUGCUGGUAGUUAUGUGCUCCUCUCCGACAUAUAUGCUGCAUUCCACCGCUGGUUGGAUGUUUCUGUUGUGAGGAACAAAAUGCAGGAGAGAGGCCUUAAAAAGAUACCUGGUAUCAGUUCAAUUUAGUUUAGAAGACUGAGCUUCUUGGCAACUCUCUUUAUCCAUUGCCCUGGAAUUAAUACAAAUCAGCAUCAAGUUCUUUGAGGUCUAUAUUGUGGAGUUGGAGUUGAUUUAUACAAUUUAGUUGGACUCCCAGUUUAUUGGUGCUCCAGGAACCAAACUGCAGGCACUGCCUUAUACGCCACUCUUAGAGAUGCAUUUCUCACAUGUCAAAGGAUGGGUGAAGACAAUCUGGUUGCAAAUAUCUUGUUACCUGAAAUUAGAGAAUGGCGACUUGAAUGGUUCUCACUCUUGAAAUAAACUUGUACUCAUGUGCCUUGAAAACAUGAAGUUUGGCUAUGUAACAUAAAAUGAAAUGUGCUUGAAUAUUGAAAGCCACUUCUGAUGAAUUGAGAUCAUUUGUUCAUUCUUUUCAAUGAUACUGGCAGUAAAUAAUAGUUAGGGUGAGUUGGGUUU